AUGGGAAUAGGUACGCUGCACGAGGUAUUCGUCUCAGGCUUGUGUAUCAUCCUAAUAAUUAAAACAAAAAUAAGUUCUGCUGCCGUCAGCGAGUUGAAUGAAUAUUUAACACCACCCGCCGCGCCAAAAUAUCACCACCAGCACUCCCCUAUUCGACAACAGAGAAAUCAUCAAUUUGAACAAAGCCAAAAACCACAUUUUAAUGGACCCCCUAUUAGGCCAGUUCAAUUCAGUAAGCCACAAACGCUACCUAAAGGUGAGGAACCCAGUUUCAUGCAACGCAUCGCGCAAUGGUUUUUCCCGGGAUCAGAAGACCAAGACUUAACUCCACCAGUAGCGCCUAUAGCACACCAACCAGCCAGCCCUUCUCAACACGUGCCUAGAUAUGCUGCUCAACCGACACAAAACCACCAUCAGCAAGCGCCGUCUUAUUAUCGACAUGGGCAUUCAGUUCAACACUCACGGAAAGAUUGUAAUCCGUGUGACAAAGUACCUUGGACUCCGAUUUUCAAGCCUCAAACGUCAACCUAUAAUCAACAAAAUCAGCAUAGCCAGUAUAACCAAAAUAACCAACAAAAUCAUCAUACUGAGUACAAUCAAAAUAAUCAACAAAAUCAACAUAAUCAAUAUAAUCAGAACAAUCAACAAUAUCAUCAACAAAACUUCCAAACAAAUGCUCAAUAUGCUGCUCCGCCAGCAAAACCAAAUCAGCACUAUAGUACUCUAAAUCAAGGAGGUCAGUUAAAGGUAACUAGUAAAGAAUAUUUACCUCCCCCUGAUGUACUCCCAUUGGCAACAAACACUCAUCAUGCCGUACCAUUAGCCGGUAGGCCGAUUGCUUUGCCCAAUUUGAGCCCAACGGCAAUACCGCCAUUGUUCAACGCAAAACCGUUCAAUCAAGGGUCAUCUUCUACAUUAUAUGGAACUCAACAUCUAGCAGGUUCGGAAAAUUUACCAAUACAUCAAAGCAUUCCGGUAGCUGAAUUUGUUUCAUCAGUUGAAUAUCCACCAAGUAUAGUGCAAUCUCCGGUUAUAGAUAUCGAUCAUGCGCCCGCAAAUCUUCCUGGUCUUCCUUUGGAAAAUCAAGAGCGAAAUCCAAUUUCUCAAGAGUACAAUGCGCCAGAAAGUAAUGUGGUAUUACCCAAUUUUCAUCAAGAUAGUCAUCCUGCAGCUUCCACUUACAAUAUAAGCGUUGAUAAUGAUAAACUAGAACAUAUAGGUAGCGUUCCAAACUAUGAUAGCUAUGGUAACAAGUUAGAAAUAUAUGACGAUAUUCAAACUAGCACACAGAAGCCAUAUUUUGUAACAAACGUACCUACGUCAGUAACAUCUUUGUCAUCUUUGCAAACCGCAAAUAACCACGCUUAUGAAACAACUGAUUUUUCAUAUAGUACAGUAGGUUAUAAUCAAGAAUUUAAUAUUGAACAACAAAAUAUUUAUGAUAGUUCACAAAGCAAUCUCAACCACAAUUUUGAAAAUCAAAAUUUAGAGCCACCAGUACAAAACCAUUAUGGUGAAAACAGAGGACAUAGAAACACUGAUAUCAAUUCACAGGUGUACAAUAAUGAAAAUAAAUCAGGUCCAAAGGACUCUCAAAUAUUGUACUUGAAUAUUAAUCCUCCACAAAAACCAUUCAAAGGUUUUCGUGAUAUUCAUUAUAGAGGUAAAACAGUGUUUACUCCAAGCACUUUGGAAUAUACAACUGAUGUGAAUUUUGUUUCAACGUCUAUGCAACCGCCAUCACCAACUGCUCAAAUUCCCUGGGAAAAUAUUUAUAACAAACAAGAAUCUAUAGAUCUAUUUCCACCACCUCCUCCCCCAAAAGAAUUAUCUCCAACGAAAAAACCAAAACAAAUUCAAAUAAUAAUACCUUACAUGGCUAAUAGCAAACCCAAACUGUUUAUUAAUCCUGAACUCAGCGUGAUCCAAGGUCGCAAAGUAAACGGGCCUGGUAAACAAAAUGUGUUUUUAUACGGUAACAAAUUUCCACCAGCAUCUGAAAUUGAUGAAGACUUUCACGAGCAAGAAGAAUCAAAAAUUGUUACAGCAACUGCUCAGACACAAAAACCAACAACUUUAAAAACAAUACCUCUUCCUAAAGUUAGAGAUAUUUUAAAAUUAGCCAAUUACACAAAGAAAGAAAAAAGUCCAAAAGAGGAGAUUAAGUUACAGAAAAAUAUAGAAAAUCAUAAAAAUAUCACGAUAAGCGAUACUCUGCCUCCAAAAGUUUCGAGUAUCAAAUCAACAAAAAAUACUAAAUCAAAAAGCAAUGAUACCAAAGACUAUCACGGUGAAAUGAUACGUUUGCAAAAGAAUAUUGAUGAUUGGACAGAACAAGAAUAUUCAAAAGAAACGAAAGAGUACAAAUCGAGUACUGCAUCUUUGAAACCAUCUAAGAAAAUACCAGAAGAAUAUUUAACUACAGUUGCAUUGAAUGAUACUGAAACCACUACUGAAUCUGUAAUACCAACUACGAUUUCAAGUAAUUUUGAUAGUGUUGAUAGCGAAUUAAAACAAAAUAUAACUAUCAUAGGUCACAUAAGUAAUAGCUUGUUCGAAUCUAGUGUUUCCAUUAAUACUGACUCUAGUGACGAGAAAAACUCUUGGAAAAAGAUAGAAUUAUCAGUUUCUCCAGUAACGAAGGAAAAGGUGUAUGUUGUGACGCCUGUGCCAUGGUCAAAGAAAUCAUAUAAUUGGCCGGAAUUGAAACCGUCAGGUUUCGUUUUACCGAAAUAUAUAACUGAAAAGCCUAAUUUAAGCAGCGAUGGUAUAAAUGCAACUAAAGUGAGCUUGCCAGAAUCAGUGAAUAAUCUGGCGGCUACCAGCACAAAGGCUUACGUAGCGGAGGUCCUGCAUGCUACGAGCGAGACCCCAAAGUCUCAAUUAACAGAAAAUGGAUCACAAAAAACCAACGAUAAAACAUAG